UUAUGGUUCAUCUUUUAUAUUGUGAGAUUUGUCAUUUGUUUUCUUUUAUUGUUUUCUCUUAAGAUCAAAGGUUCACAUUGUCAUACACUAAACCUUAAAAAAUGGUUGUAUACUAUUUGUAGUUGAAUGCAAUAUCUAGAGUAAUUUGUAUACCCAGUAGGGGGCGGUAGUUGCAAAUUCUUCUGAUGAGUUGUAUAUAGUUAGCCUACUUCAUUAGUACUUUCCUGCGUGAGUUGGAACCCGCUCCUUUUUUCCCUGAGGAGGCUACGAGAGGAAGCACGUUAAGCUGUUGGGUACCGAUAUUCAGAAUAUUUCCUGGUGCUAAUGAAGGUUGAGGAUUAUUCGUCCACAUUUGCUGUAACUACUAUAAUUUGCUGUAACUGCUGAAGAUGACCCGCGCAGGGAUGCAUGCAGGGGCGAGGCGAAACGAAGCGAGGGAGUCUUGCUAAGUUUCCCUGAUCGGCGCGGGACAUGGCUGCUUCGGCCCAGGCGACGGGUGCGCUGCUAUUUCUGGCUAUGUGCGCGCUAUCGAGAGGGGCUGGGGUUAUCCAUCUGACGGACAUGUACGGAACCAUACAGACGCCGAACUUUCCCGAAUCGUACCCGAAGGAAUCCGAAGUGCAAUGGAAUAUAAGUGUACCAGAGGGGUUUCAGAUCCGGCUCUACUUCAUGCACUUUGACGUGGAACCAUCCUACCUCUGUGAGUACGACUACGUCAAGCUCCUCUCUGACCAGGAUGAGCUGGCAGUGUUCUGUGGCAAGGAGAGCACCGACACGGAGCAGGUCCCUGGCGAUGACGUCAUCACAUCUGUUGGGAACGUGCUCAGUGUGGUCUUCCGCUCGGACUUCUCCAAUGAGGAGCGCUACUCUGGGUUUGAGGCUCAUUACAGCGCAAUGGAUGUAGACGAGUGCAGUGACAGGAAUGAUGAGGACCUGGCUUGUGAUCACCUCUGUCACAACUACAUCGGCGGCUACUACUGCUCCUGUCGCUAUGGUUACCUGCUGCACUCGGACAACCGCACAUGUAAAGUGGAGUGCAGUGAUGGUGUGUACACAGAGCGGACAGGUGUAAUCUCGAGCUCCGACUUCCCCCAGCCGUACCCUAAAAGCUCGGACUGCCUUUACCGCAUCCAGCUGGAGGAGGGCUUCCUCAUCGCGCUCGACUUCCACGACACCUUCGACAUCGAGGACCACCCCGAGGUCACCUGUCCUUACGACUAUCUCAAGAUCCAGGUGGGUCAGAGGACUUUGGGUCCCUUUUGUGGGGACCGCUCACCUGGCCGUAUUCAGACAGGAAGCAGCAGUGUGACCAUCCUGUUCCACAGCGACAACUCUGGAGAGAACCUUGGCUGGAAGCUCACCUACUCCGCCGCAGGAAGUGAGUGUCCUGUGCCUAUGGUGCCCUCAUUUGGUCACUUGGAGCCAUUGCAACCAAAAUAUAGUUUCAAAGACCAUGUGCUGGUGACAUGUGACACUGGCUAUGUGCUUUUCAAGGAUGGAGAGGUGAUGGAGCACCAUCAGAUGGACUGCCUGCAGGAUGGAACCUGGAGCAGUGAAGUCCCACCCUGCACACUGAUAGACUGUGGUCCUCCAGAGGAGAUCGUGAAGGGAGAGGUGGUGUUCGACGGCCCAGAUAACAGUACUCUCUUUGGGGCCAGCUUCCAGUACCGAUGCCUGGAAGACCCACAGAGCACCAUCCCAACUCCACCCGAUGCCAUCCCAACUCCACCUGAUGCCAUCCCAACUCCACCCGAUGCCACCCCAACCCCACCCAACUCUAUCCUAACUCCACCCACCACUCCUCCAGCAAAUAACAGUACCUACAUCACGAGGCCUGUAUCUAACGGUACAUAUGUGUGUGGAGAGAGAGGAAAGUGGACUAACGUUGAGCUAGGCACCAAACUCCCGUCUUGUCUCCCAGCCUGCGGUGAGCCCUCUCAGCCCCUCCCAUCUCACGUGCGGCGUAUCGUUGGCGGUCGUGUGGCGUCGGCGGGCCAGUUCCCAUGGCAGGCGCGCCUGUCGGUGGAGGACUCGUCUCGAGUGCCCGAGGGCCGCUGGUUCGGCAGCGGGGCGCUCCUCUCGGCCUCCUGGGUGGUGACGGCGGCGCACGUGCUGCGCUCCCCCCGCCGCGACCCCUCCGUGGUGCCCGUGUCCCCCGGCAGCGUGCGCGUGCACCUGGGCCUGGCCGACCUCCGGCGCCCCCCGGUGGCCUCCGCCGGACACGCCGUGCAGCGCCUGCUGCUGCACCCGCGCUUCGACCCGCGCAACUACAACCACGACAUCGCCUUGCUCCGUCUCGCCCAACCCGCCCACUACACCCCGCUGGUCCGGCCCGUCUGCCUGCCCCUGCCCUGGGCCGAGGGACAGCCGCCGGCCCCCCCACCGAACACACUGGGCCUGGUCGCUGGCUGGGGGGUGAUGGCAGCCAACGGGUCUGCGGACUCCGCAGUGCAGGGGGUCGUGGCUGGGGAGGUGGAGGGUGAAGGUGGGGUGUCGGACGUGCUGCGCUACGUGAAGCUGCCGGUGGUCGAGCGGUCGGAGUGCGAAGGCAGCUACGCCUCGCGCUCGCGCAGCUACAACAUCACCAGCGGCAUGUUCUGCGCAGGCUUUUACGAGGGCGGCCGCGACACCUGCCAGGGCGACAGCGGCGGGGCGUUCGUCACGCAGGACCCUCGCACGGGACGCUGGGUGGUCCAGGGCCUGGUGUCGUGGGGCGGACCCGAGGAGUGCGGCUCCAGGAGGGUGUACGGCGUCUACACGCGCGUGGCCAAGUACGCCCACUGGCUGCACUCACACAUGGACACGGACCGCUGGUGGUGACCCUACGGUGCGGCUCAAUCCCGGACAUACGCGGGCAUUGUCGAAUGGGCACAGUCAUACUGGCACAGUGACACGGGCACAGCCACACGGACAUCAACCACACGGACACGGUUACACUGGCAUGGUCAUAGUCACACAGACAUCAGUCACACAGGAACAGUCACACGGGCACAUGGUACAGUCACAUGGACAUCAGUCACAGGGACACCAGUCACAUGGACACAGCUAAGCUAUUGAACCCAUGUGGAAUUUAACUGAAACAAGUUUGCAGCCAACUCAGAUCAGAGCAGAUCUCAUGUCUUGUUUGUGGGUUUUUGUAACUUUCUCAGAGUAAAAACAUAUUGUCUCAUAUUGGGCAUUUGCUUUCUUUAACAAGCUUUGCAGUUUGGACACUGUCUCCUUCAUAUUUUGUUUCAUAUCAUUUGCACAAAGGUGCAGAUCAGGGUAGAAUAAGAAAACGUGUUCAGUGUAGACUCGGAAAAGCCAUUAAUAUUGGGCUAUACUGUCAUAUGAAUUAGCCUUGCUAAGAAUAUCGACAAAUGGGACACUACACUUUAGUUAUCCAAUGUGCACAUCUAAUCCAAAAGAGUAGUGUUAAAUGUAUUGAUAUACUGUAGUACCAUUUUAAUAGUAAAAUACACUGUUCUACUCUUUGUAAUGUAUAAUUCACUCACUCAUUCAAUCAAUCUUUUGU